CGUUGGUUUCUUAAGAAGUGGGAGUAGCGUUAUGCUCUUUCUUUCUUCUCUUCUCUUCACCUUCGUAUCGUACCUCAAAAUUUAACGUGGUAAUAACAAUCCGAACCCAGUCUCAGGAUUUGGUCAGAUCCGUAGCUGUUCCACGUCCAUUGGCAUCAAAACGAAUGUGAAGGAGAUGGUGGUGAAAGUGAAGAGGCAAACGCUGGAAGCAUGCAUGACAUGCCCUCUUUGCCAUAAGCUAUUGAAAGAUGCUACCACCAUAUCUCUCUGUCUUCACACGUUUUGCAGGAAGUGCAUAUAUGAGAAACUUUCAGAUGAGGAGAUGGAUUGCUGUCCAGUUUGCAAUAUUGAUCUGGGUUGCCUUCCCGUGGAAAAACUCAGGCCAGACCACAAUUUGCAAGAUAUUAGAGCCAAAAUAUUCCCUUUUAAACGAAGAAAGAUCAAAGCCCAAGAAGUUGUUCCUUCAAUAUCCCUGCCAGCGAAAAGGAAGGAAAGAUCACUUUCAUCAUUGGUAGUAAGUGCUCCCAAAGUUUCAACGCAGACUGGCUUUACAGGAAAGAGAACAAAAACUGGUACUAGAAAGGCUGCUGCUUUACGUGCAUGCAAUUUUAUUCUUGAAGAAUCCAUAAAGAAGGAAGAAACAAAUGGUGAAACAAAUGGUGAAGAUAUUCUGGAUUCUUCCAUAGCUGAGUCUUCUAAGAAGCAUAGGCCCAAUGAAGAUACAGAGAACAGUAUGGACCUUACAGAAGGGAAGGCUGAUCUCUGGACGCCCUUGAACUGUCUUGUUGAAGCAGCCAACAGAACAAAGUCGUCCAGGUCAAAUUCACAAGGGACUCCUCAUGCCAAAUUAGAGUCUCCAACUACUCCUCAUGGGGGAGUAGAGAUUCCUGAAAUUACAACCAAAUCAGAGCCACCUGCUUCUGUCCAGAGGGAAUUACACAUGCCUAAAACCAAAAACAAGGAUAAUGGACAUAAAACAAAGUUUGGAGAUAACAAGGAUGGAAACACAUUUCCUUCAGGGCCAGUGAAGCGAAGAAGGCUACGUCCUGCUAGUCAGAAAAGAGCAGCAGGAUCUGAGAUGUCUGCCUCAACCCAAGUCAUGUUAGAUGCAACAGGGGGCAAGUGCAACAGGAAAAACUGUCCUAUUUGGUUUUCAUUAGUUGCUUCCGAAGACCAGAAAGGAGAUGUUCCCUUGCCACAGAUCUCAGCAUGUUAUUUAAGAAUAAAGGAUGGUACUGUUCCUGUCUCAUUUAUUCGAAAGUACCUUGUGAAGAAACUUAAUCUUGCCAGCGAAGUAGAGGUGGAAAUAAUGUGCCGGGGUCAACCCGUGCUUCCAUCUUUGCAACUGCAUAACUUAGUAGAUCUGUGGUUCCGCACAGCUUCAACCUCUAAAAAAAUGCCGGCAUCUGUGGGCUCCUCGGCCAAGGACUUUGUGAUGGUUUUAUCAUAUUGUCGAAGGGCCUUGCCUGAUUGAGAUAGUCCACACACUACUACCCUUGUUAUAUUAUUUUGCUUCCAUUUCUUCACAUAGAUAUUCAACUAUUUGAUAACAUUCUCUCAGAGACAUUUGUUCAUUUAAUUUCUU